UCUUUUCCACAUUGUCUUUCUCUUCGAUCCCUGAAAACAAAAAUCAAAACACCGACCUAAAUUGAUCGGAAACCUAGAGGUCUUCGUAUUGCACAGCCACCAUGAUGCACAGCCGGCGCCAGAUCUUAGUUAAAUCCCCAGACUUUAAUCGGACCAUCGCUCUCCAAUUGGAUCCGGCGCAAUCUGUAUUAACUCUUUCGGGUAUCACUUCUUUACUCGAAUCGUCGUCGUCGCAUCGUAAUUCGUUAUCGGAUUUUUGCGUUGCUCUAGAUGGGAAGCUUUUGAAUGGCUCUACACGGAUCCAAGUAUCUAAGCUUCCUUCUUUCUCCAUGCUCACUCUUUACCCUCGCCUCCGUGGAGGUGGAGGAGAUGGCGGUGCGACGGGAGCCGAGUCUCGUGAUUGUUACCUCAAUAUGUACGCCGAGAAGAAACCUGACAAGGUUGAUCGGAAUGAGCAGAGGCUCUCUAAAUGGUUGAAUUGUGCUUUGUCUAACGAACCUUUGGCUGAGCCUUGCGUGAUUGAUCUCCUCGGGAACUUGUUUAAUAAAGAAGCUUUAGUUCAUGCUCUGUUGUCUAAGAGGGUGCCUAAGCAAUUCUCACACAUUGAGGGUUUGAAAGAUAUGGUGAAUAUCAAGCUUACACCUGUUGCUGGUUCUGAUGGAUCAUCGCAAGAUACCACUAGUUCCCAGUUUCAGUGUCCGGUCUCAGGUCUUGAAUUCAAUGGAAAGUACAAGUUUUUCGCUUUGAGGCGAUGCGCACAUGUGAUGAGUUCGAAGGCGUUGAAGGAAGUGAAGUCUUCUUCGUGUUUGGUGUGUCACGCGGAUGUCAAAGAGUCUGAUAAGAUUGUGAUCAACGGUACAGAGGAGGAAGUGAGCUCGUUGAGGGAGAAGAUGGAGGAGGAGAAAGCAAAGCUGAGAGAGAAGAAAGCAAAGCUGAGAGAGGAGAAGGCAAAGCUGAGAGAGAUGAAAGGUGUCUCAAAUAAGAGCCAGAACGGCACUGCUGUGGUGGCUGAUACAGGAGCAAAGGUCGCAAAGAUGGCUGAUACAGGAGCUAAGGUUGCAAAGAUGGCUGAUACAGGAGCAAAGGUUGCAAAGAUGGCUGAUACAGGAGCAAAGGUCGCAAAGAGACAGAUGGAUGAUGGGAAUGUCAAUGGCAAUGGUAUUACUGUGAAGAAAUUCAAAGCGGCCGAUAAAGUUCCGGUUAAUGCUACCAAGGAAGUCUACGCUUCUCUCUUUACUUCCUCCAAGAAGAAGUCUGAUUUCAGGGAGACUUACUCUUGCAGGUCUCUCCCUCUCGGUAGGAACUGAUUUGUCGAAACAAUGUUGUUUACCUACUUGCUUUCUUCAUUUGCUCUGUGAUCUUUGUUCUGGUUAUAUUGAUGUAUCAACUUUCUAUGUAAUUUCGUCACUGGAUUUUAUAAUGUUUCUCUUAUUAGCUAUUGGGAGAAAACAUAACCAUGUUUGCUUCCAUCAACGGUGCUAAAACUA